AAAAAAUUAACCACAAGAUAAUGUAGCAAGAAAUACAACUGCUGUGAGAGUUCCACAAACUAUGUAGCUACUUGCUCUUUCCUUAGAGGAUUUUUUUUUUUAUUGCAAGUGCAUCUGAAGGCAAUUUGAGUAGUAUUGAUUUUUUAAACUCACUCUCCCAGUACUGCAUUAAAUCCUCAAGUUCUUUUGACAGAAUGUUCUUUCACAUGGAAUGGCUCCAUGCCUUCUAAUAGUAGUUGUCCACUGGGGAACUGUUUUCCUUGCCACUCUGCUGUAACAUCUCGGUGCUGCAGGUCUGCUAUCUCGUCUAGCAAGCAUGAAUUUGCAAUAUCAUAUGCGGAUUCUUCAUGAAGGGGAGCCCUGGAGUGUCCGGUAAAGUUGCUGCCAUGUGACCCCAAAAUAGGGCAUUCGUGAUAAUUACCCGAAAUUUCUCUAGUACGGUGCCAAGUCCAUGAGGCAUCAACUAACAUGGAGCUUUUCAUGUGACUGUAAUAAACUGCUUUUGAUGGAAAUUUCCUUAUAAUUCUCCUUGGAUUUUGAUAUACUAACAUUGUAAAAUCAUACUUCCAAUUUUACAUUCAUCACAUUCUUACUCACAGGCUCUGCAUUUUUUUCAACCAUAUGGUAUAACAGCCAAUUAGAGUUUCUUUUUUAUAAAAAACUAUAAGUAUGUUGAUUGAUUCUGAGAGUUUUUGUUUGGGAGAGGGGGGGGGGUUAGCUGAUUAUAUUUUCAUUAUUCAUUUUUAUGACAUUAUCAAUAUUCAUGUUUCCUCAAUGCUUUGUUUUCCACAUGUAUGUUGUACUUCUUGAUCCAGGGGCAGGCAGUAAGUUUCAAUUUGGCAACAUGCUUAUGGACAACCUAUUCCCUUAAACUAUGUCCCUGCCAUUGAAAAGGGUUUCAGGGAGGCUGCCAUUUGGGUUCUGCGAUAUCCGUGUGGUUUUGACGGAUGGUGCUUCACAUGAUGUUGAUUCAAGUGAACUUGCAUUCAAAUUGGCUUCUAUUUAUGCUUUUAGACAGGGGAAAGGUGAAUUUACAAUUGAAUAUAUAGAGCAUGCACCAAUUUCAGGUGAUGUGCAAAAGCAACUGGUUAAAACAUACAAGCCCAGCAAAGAAAGUUGAAAAGAUGGAAGCUCCUGCACUUGCAUCCUGUCUAAUUAUUUUUAUAAAUUUGUCUCCUUGGUGGGGACACUUGUGAAAUCCAAUGCGAAAUCGUUAGGAGAAUGCUGAAUCAAACAGUAACAUUCCAAAAUGUAUACAAAUAAUUGCUUGACAGGAUUACUGAGUGCUGUUUGAGAAGUUUAUACAACACAGUGAAACGUAUAUUUACGAGGAUUCCUCUAUUUUUCUCAAA